AUGGCCGGGUCCCGGCUCGGGGGGAGGUCGGAGGGGAAGCCGGGGCGAGCGAGCGGGCGGGCGGCGGCCGCCAGUAACGCGCCGCCGGGCGCCUUCUUGCUUCUUUCCCCUGCAGGGGCCGUCCGAGGCGCGUCGGGGAAGGAGGAGGCGAAGGGCGAGGAGGAGGCGGCGGCGGCGGCCAAAGGCAAGGAGGAGAGCUUCUCCAUGGACAGCGACCUGGACUACAGCUCCGACGACAAUCUGCCGGGCCAGGCGGCGCACAAGGAGGACGAGGCGGGCGCGGGCCUGGAGGAGAGCGGCCCGAGCGCGGCGGCCGCCAACAACACCACGUCGACGGGCAAGAACCGCCGGCGGCGCACGGCCUUCACCAGCGAGCAGCUCCUGGAGCUGGAGAAGGAGUUCCACUGCAAGAAGUACCUCUCGCUGACGGAGCGCUCGCAGAUCGCGCACGCCCUCAAGCUCAGCGAGGUGCAGGUCAAGAUCUGGUUCCAGAACCGGCGCGCCAAGUGGAAACGGGUCAAGGCCGGCAACGCCAACUCCAAGACCGGCGAGCCCUCGCGGAACCCCAAGAUCGUCGUCCCCAUCCCCGUCCACGUCAGCCGGUUCGCCAUCCGGAGCCAGCACCAGCAGCUCGAGCAGGCCCGGCCCUGA